UUGAUUUCGAUCACAGAGUGAUCCCCUGAUCCUGCCACUGACUGACCCUUAACAGGAGAAAUAACCAGAGAACAAUAAUGCUAAACUCGGAGUGAAACCGGACAUCAGAGAUAGAAGAGUCGGGCGGAGUAGGGAAGGAGAUCGGGCGGAGGGCGGAAUCUUCCCGGAGGACCCCGGUGGCCCCGGGGGCCUGCACUUGGAAGGUCGGAGAGGCCUCGUGCGGGGCACGUCGCAGGCGCUCGAGGAAUGCAAGUUGCCUGAAAAGAAUGAAGGAAGGAAGGAACGGGGUGCGAUCCAGGGCGGCCGCCCGGCCCGGGCAAAACUGCCGAGGCAGGAAGCCGGGUGGGGGCGCAUCGAGGCCGCCGCGGUCCGAGCGCAGCUGGGGGCAGCGGGAGAGCAAUAGGGUCAGCAGCUCGGCUGGGUGGGGGUGGCCCCGGAGCGGGGGGUGGCCCGGGCCCCCCGCCCCUCAAAGCCAGGAGGCUGGGAACCGGGAGGCCGCGCUGCUGGCAGAGCGGCAGGGGCGCCGCGAGGCUCCGGAUGGGCUGGGAGCCCCGCCCGCAGGCUGCGGAGGGAGCCGGAGCCAGAGCGGAGCCAGAGCUCAGACAUCCGGGCGCCAGCGAACACCUGCGACCGGCCCCCAGGGCCCGCGGGGGGGAGCGCGGGUCGCCGGGCCGGGGGCGGGGCUACCCUGGCCCCGCCCAGCCGGGCUCCGGGCCACGUGGGCCGAGGCCCCGCCCCUGCCCCGACCUCCAGAAACCUUGGCGGGGAGCGGAGCACCAGAGGCAGUUCUGCAAGAGCGACGCGAGGAUUUAGGAUGUAGCCCCGGGAAUGGAGACGAGUGCCAGCCAGCCGUGAGAGAUGAUGAGGUCGAAAGACAGCCACUGACAGUUGUCCGGCACAUCCACAGCUAAGGAGAGCUGUCACUGGCCUUCUCGGACAGGGCACCGUCUCUGGGUGAAGAUACUUACAGAGGAGACUCCCACUGGAGAUGUUAUUGGAAGGAUAUACCAGAAAUAAGGGCUGUGGUGCCCUCUUCCUCAAACUCCCAGUCUAGGCUCAGUCUUCAACUAACUGGAGGUAGAAUAAUUCAUUCUCUUAUUUCCCAACCAGCACCAAAGUCCUUCUGAUCAGAGUGGUUGAUCAGAUUUGAGGGAAGAGACCCCUGUCCUAUUUUCCCCAACUCUGGAAGCCCAAGAGGAAAUAAACCAAGCCCAAUGAUCCAUUUAUUCAUCUCUGAAAUGGGUCUAUCAGCACCAUCCCUGCCUAACAGGUGAGGGUCCUGUUUCACAUCCCCUGCUAGAGAAAUCAUUAAUGGCAUUAAAGAGGACAGCCAUCUGCUAGUUAGCAACAUAGCUCUCAAACUACUUAAGAACUGGGACUCAGGAGAGCAGAUUUCUAUCCUAGGCCCCCAACUUGCUGGAUGAGCUUGUUCCAGUCACUUUCUCUCCAGUCUUCCCUCACUUGUAAAGUGAGACAGGACAAGGCUCUUCUCUGCACCCAAUGCGUGUGGGGCUCCACCAUGAGCCCUUUCUACUUCCCCCUCUUCCCCAGUCUUAGCUGGGCA